GUAACAUAUAGGUGCAAUAAAUUGUGAAUAUAUAGCGCUUUAAGGUGGUGAAACAUGUGCCUCGUUUAGCAAAAAAAAAAUUUGGACUAGUAAGUAUGUUUCUAUUUUGUAGGCGCGCACCCGAGUCCUCGCUUGUCUCUCCUGUACCGUACCCUACUGGACCUGGAGAAUCACAGAUAUGGGGCACAAACUGCGGGUUCCGGCUACUUCCAACAUGCCCUUUCUCCAACAUUAUACUGCCAGAGCAGUGUGAAGUGUCCUCGGCGUCCCAGGCCCGGCAGAAACUAGAGGGGCUCCUGAACAAGAACAUGAGGAUCCGCAUGACAGACGGACGGACUCUGGUGGGGCUUUUUCUCUGCACAGACCGAGACUGCAACGUUAUCCUCGGAUCAGCUCAGGAGUUCCUCAAAUCCACAGACAUGUUCUCCCAGGGCGAACCCAGAGUCCUUGGCCUGGCCAUGAUCCCCGGUCACCACGUGGUGUCCAUUGAAGUGGAGGCAGACAGUCUGGAAGACGCACAAGGAUUUGGAGCUAACCACUGAUGAAGCCCCUGCCUGUCUGGACGACACUCAGUGUAUCUGUCUCUCAGUGAGCAAGCUGUAUGGCUGAGCUCAAACGAGAGUGGACAUCUUCGUUGGAGGAUUGUUUUCAGUCACUUUACCUCAACAGAUGCAGA